AUGACUCUUCCCGACCAAACGCCAGGCGCUUUACCCGCAACGUCAUCACGCCGGCGACCGCGCAAGUCCCUCGGUCAGCACUUCCUGACCGAUCCCCGCAUUGCCCAACGAAUUGUCGCCGCAGCACAGCCGUCUCCUGGCGAUACGAUUCUGGAAAUUGGCCCCGGCUCAGGCACAUUGACCCGGCGAUUGAUUGCCAGCGGCAGCAACGUCAUUGCCGUCGAAAUAGAUCCUCACCUGGCUGCAGUGUUGCCCGAACGGAUGGACAACCCUCCCAAUCUCAAGGUGGUGCAGGGAGACGCCCGAACCAUCGAUAUCCCAGCGCUGCUGGAAGGCCGGAGCACCUAUAAACUGGUUGCCAACCUGCCGUACUACGCCGCCGCCCCCAUUCUUCGGAGGUUUCUGGAAUCUCAAGUACCUCCCACUUCGCUGAUAGUCAUGGUGCAACGCGAGGUCGCCGACGCCAUGUGCGCUGCCCCCGGGCAAAUGACCCUGAUGUCAGUGGCCACCCAACUCUACGCCGUUCCGUCGGUAGUCGCGCAGGUGCCGCCCCGGUCGUUCAGACCGCCGCCCAAGGUAUCAUCCACGGUCAUCAAACUCGUGAUGAAAGAGACCCAACCGGAUCCUCUCAACGGGAUCGAGGAAUUCUUUGCCCUGGUCCGCUCUGGCUUCUCCGCACCCCGCAAGCAAUUACGCAACUCGCUGAUGCAGGGUUCAGGUUCGCCCGCUGAGUUCGUGUCGGCCGUAUUGACCGAUGCGGGCAUCGACGGGCAGCGGCGCCCGGCUACGCUUUCCAUACCCGAAUGGUUGACCCUGGACACUCACUGGCCGGCGGGGGUUCCACGGCACCGCAGUCAGCACAACAGUGGCGAAGUCCAGGCUUUUGCCAAGGUCAACCUGACCCUCGAGAUCAUUGGCCGGCGUUCCGACGGAUACCACGAUGUUGCCACCAUCCUGCAAUCCAUCGACCUGGCCGACACCCUGACCAUCAAACCCGCCGGAUCUCUCACGGUAGAGUGUGACGACCCUGACCUUGACGGCCAGCGCAACCUGAUCUGGAGGGCCGCAGUGGCCCUGGCAGAUCACGCCGGCGUCCGCCCGAACGCGCACAUUCACCUCACCAAGCAGAUCCCCGUGGCCGCGGGUCUUGGUGGUGGCUCUUCCGACGCCGCGUCCGCGCUGCGCGGCCUGAAUGACCUGUGGCAAUUGCAAAUAUCUCGUGAGGAACUGGCGAAGGUGGCCGCCGGCAUCGGAUCUGACGUUCCGUUCUGCAUCGACGGCGGUACGGCGCUGGCCACGGGCCGGGGUGACCAAUUGAUUCCCCUGCCGCCGUUGCCUCCCCAUGACGUGCUCCUGGUAGUACCGCGCGAAACGCUGGAGUCCAAAACUCCAACGCUGUUUGCAGCCCUGGAACCCGGAGAUUUUUCCGAUGGGAGUUGCACGCACCGGAUAUCUUCCACCAUAACCGACACUUUAAUAACGUCCGGCCAGUGGCGUAACGCCUUUGAACGUGCCGCGCUGGAAAUCUUUCCUGGCCUUUCGGACCCGAUCCCCGUCAGCGUACUGUAUUUCUGGCAAGGCGGCAUCGCGAUCUUCGGCGCCUACCUGGGAGGCUUUGUUGGCGGUGCAUCCUAUAUAUUGCUGCGGAACGCAAGUUGGCUCAACCGACUUUGUGAUCGCCCCACCUGCCGAUGGACGGGUUUGCACCUUCCGUUCACCCAAUUGCCUUCCGUGCCCCACCUGGCCGACAUCACCGCUCCAGCAUUGCUGAUAGCACUGGCCAUCGGACGCCUGGGCGAUGUCAUCAACGGGGAACAUUGCGCCACUUUCUCCGGUCUGCCCUGGGCGGUGGUCUACUCGGACCCGGACAGCCUCUACAAUCGUUGUGUCCAUGGCGGAGCGGCCGCAACACACCCCGCUGUGGCCUACGAGCUAAUAUUCUGCCUGGCAUUGGCCGGCAUACUUUGGCUGAUGAAAGAUCGACUACAGCCCCACGGGAUGUUGUUCGCCCUAUUCUUCGCCGGUUACUCGAUCGGGCGUUUCUUCAUAUCGUUCCUGCGCGUAGAAAGCAACACCUACCUUUUCGGCUUCAACGAAGCUCAGUUGGUCGCUCUUGCCAUAAUGUUGGUAACCGUGCCCCUGCUGGUCUACAAAGCUCGCCUGGUUCGACCGACCCCCAGCGGAUCUGGACCGCGCUCCGGCCGCCGCCGCGCCUCCUGA